UAUUAGCUCUGUGUGUGUUAGCUCUGUGUGUGUGUGUGAGAGAGAGAGGUUGUUGUACCUUUGCCUGUGACGUGGUUUUGCCUUGAAGAUAAUGUUGACUAACACAACUGCUGUAGUCGUAGCAAUGUUGAGGAAACUGCGGCAAACAAACAAUGAUAACAAUGACCGUCACGGUCUCUGACUCCCAGUGUCGUUAGAGGAACAUUUUGUUUUCUCUGUCUAAAUGUGAUUGGCUCGCUUCAUAGCACGUGUAGAAUUUAAAACCUUCGUAAUCCUCUUGUCGUUUGUAAAAUUGAGAUCAAGUGGCGGCAAGGCACGAGAGCUCGCUAAGAGCAGACGACUGUAAGGAGACCUUUUCCGUUUCCGGGGUUAGAGAGCUCGCCCUGCUCGUCGUCGCUGUUGUUGACGGCGGUGCACACUGCCGAGGGCUGAGAGGGGGAGAGGUGGUUGCCAACAGCGUGCGUUGCCAGCGACACUCCAAGCAAGUGUUAUCCAUGUCGGGCCAAGGCUUUUCUUGUCCCUCACCCACAGCUUGCCGAUGUUAGGGACACAGUGUUACAGUUACACGGUUACAGUCAUGAGAGCCUGCAGCGGGUGGAUGUUCCAGGAGGUAGUGAGGUAGCAGGGAGGUAAGAGGCAGCUAGCGAGCCCCGUGAGUCUCCUCACCUCGCCACACUCAACAAUGGCGUCUGCUCGUGUGGCCAAGGCACGAAGAUAUGGCUCGGCCAAGAGAGAUUCCGCCUCCUUCCAGGACGACGAUGAAAGCAGAAGCUUGGAUUACAAAUUGGAGGAUUUGGAAAUUCUCUCCACCAUUGGUACGGGUACCUUUGGGCGGGUGGUUUUGGUUCGAGAGACUGGCACUAAGCAGUAUCGGGCACUAAAGGUCAUGGCCAUAACACAGGUCAUUCGGCUGAAGCAGGUGGAACACAUCAAGAACGAGAAGGAGAUCCUGGCUACUGUGUCCCACCCCUUCAUCGUCAACAUGCUGUGGUGCUACAAGGACGAGACAUUUCUGUACAUGCUGAUGGAGUAUGUGUCGGGUGGAGAGCUGUUCUCGUACUUGCGGAACAUGGGGCGCUUCAACAACAUCACCAGCAACUUCUACGCCUGUGAGAUCGUGUGCGCCCUGGACUAUCUGCACGCGCGCAAUAUCGUGUACAGGGACCUUAAACCAGAAAACUUGUUGCUGGACACUCAAGGCCAUUUGAAAAUCACAGAUUUUGGUUUUGCCAAGAAAGUGAUGGACAGAACGUGGACUUUAUGUGGGACACCAGAGUAUUUGGCUCCAGAGAUUAUUCUGAGCAAGGGACAUAACAAAGCAGUGGACUGGUGGUCCUUAGGUGUCCUGAUAUUUGAGAUGCUAGUCGGAUACCCCCCAUUCUAUGCAGACAAUCCCUUUGGAAUUUAUGAGAAAAUUCUAGCUGGAAAAAUAGAGUGGCCUAAACACAUUGACCUGGUCGCCAAGGACCUGAUCAAGAAACUUCUGGUUCAGGAUCGCACACGGAGACUGGGCAACAUGAAGAAUGGAGCUGAGGAUGUCAUGCGCCAUAAGUGGUUUAAAGGAGUGGACUGGGAAGAAGUGAUCACAAAGAAACUACAGCCUCCUAUUGUACCCAAGCUUUCACAUGAUGGGGACACAUCAAACUUUGAAUCCUAUGAGGAAGGAGACUGGAGAAAAACACCACCAGCUUCAGAAAAAGAAAUUGAGCAGUUUUUGGAUUUUUAACCUUCAUGAAUCUUUUCUUGGAACUCAGGAAAGUUGUGGAUGGAUGUAUUGUUAGUAUGUGUAAGAUUUGCAUGCUUGCAAGUAACCAGGACAGCCAGACUGAUUCUCUGAUGGAACUAAAUGAUUACACAUGCUGACAGAAACAUAAUUGUUCAGUGACAAAUAUUGAAAAUAGGAUUAUUCAAAGUAGAACUGAAGAUUUUUCCCAUACACAAAGUAAUAAUGCUUAGGAGACAGAAGAACCUUACUAUAUUUAGGAGGGAAAGAAACAUUUCUUCUUAUAAUACCAGACAUCUAGCUCAGGAGAGAGGAAGAUUCUGUUCCUACACAAGCACAGAGUUUUGAAAGAAAAUGUCUUGUGAUACAGCUGACCCUAAAAGUGUCAAGCUGGAAAUUGCAGCUGUCUUAUCUUUCUCAUCAGAAGGGUAAUUGUUGUGAUUCAUGGAAGUGAAACAUGUUGUUUUGUGUUGACAUUUAAUUUUGAAGAACAGGACAAAGAUGAAACAAAAGAGGAAUCCCAUUGUAACUGAGGGGAAGAUUUGCCAUACAGUGACUUUAUAAAUGCUGUAGUUAUUGAAUGGUAGCCUUCAAUAUCCAUUGCCUGUCAUAAGGACAGUGCAGGUAUACAACGAAAGGAAGAUUUGCAAGGCAGUGACUUUGCAAAGAUUGUCGUUAUUGAAUGGUAGCCAACUACCCCCAUCGCCUGUCACGGUGACUGCAUGCACAAUCACAAGUUGUCAACAUGACAAUGUGCAACAAGAAGGAAGUCCAUAUAAUGUAUUUAACUUUCAGAUGAUUAAAAAUGUAUGAAAAUCAGCAUGAAAUAGACAGAGGAAAGAGUAGAUUAUGAAUUCUUACAUUUUUGGAUAUAUGUAUAUAUUCAAUAAAUUUCAUUUAGUAAUGGUGGAUGAUUGCUUGUUUCUGUCAUUUUUUAUGUGGUAAUAACAUGCAGUCAACUCUUUUCUUCCAUUAGACUUUGUUUUGGAAGAAAGGAGAACAAAAAUACUUUAAGUAAGUGCAGUUAUAACAUCACAAAUCCUAUGCCAGACACAUAUGUCUGCCAGACACGAUAUAAUCCUGUAAUCUCUGAGUCAUUUUUUAAGACAUAAAGCUUCAAACAUGAUAUAAUCUUGUUGAUGCUAUGUCCUACAAAAUCUAGAACUAUCCUUGCACACAAACCUACAUGUAUAUGUAAUUCUUUGAGGAAUCUGUUUUGAUUCUGACCUCAUCUUUUGAACACAAUACAAAUAUCUUUGAUUUUCUCUAUUUAGAAUCUGUGAAUGGUCACCUUAUGUAUUUAAAAACAAAGUAUAAAGUUUUUCCACAGAAAAUCUAUAUAAUGUUUCGUCUGUUGCAAGUAUUAAACUUAUUUUUAUUGAAAUCCUGUAAAAUAAGAGUUCUCUGCAGAAUUUUUUAAAAAUGUUAUAGAAUGCACUUAAUACUUGUAAAAUAUUAGUUAAUCUAUUAAUGAAUACACUUUAGCACGUCAAGGAAUACCAUGUCAGUUUGUUAAUAGAUUUUUGGAGACCAGUUAUUACAAAUCUGUAUGUUAUUAUCAAAAGAAAACUUGAUUGUAUAAACUUUAUGAGCAUUGUGAGUCUGAGAAUUAUAUAUAUAUCAGCUGUGCAAUUGUCAGUGUGAUCAUCAUUGUGUUAAGCCAUCAAAUUAUGAGUUCUGAAUGCCUACCCAUAUCACGUCCAUUUGGCAAAAUAAUUUGAAAGCAUCUGACGUACAGCUAUCGUGUCUGUGCACCAGAAAACUGUCAUCUAUCACCAAGGCCUGUGUCAGUAUUUAAUAAGUCUUUUUUUGGAUUUUUUUUUCUCUGGUGAUCGGAUGGUGAAAAUCCAUUCCAAAUCUUUAAUCCCAUCUUUAUGGGUUGUUUUCACGAUGUGUUCCUCUUUUCAUGUAGUGUUUAAGAAAUCUUGUUAGCUUGUGCAGUUUUAACAAUAGUUUGUGUCUUGAUGCUAUUGUAAAGUGUCUACCAUCACUUUACGUUAUAUUUCAUCUUGUUUGGUGUUUAGGAUGAGUUGUCAGUUGUAUGCUGCUUUAAGACCAUUAUGUUUUGGUCAUCUUGAAUUUUAAUAACAUCAGCUUGUGCCGUGCAUGCAUGAUUAUAAUAGCAUAUCUGUUCAUAAUGAUGGUAUUAUGCUAGGUUUAUGCUAUAUAACAUUAAUUUAUUUACAGUUUGACAUUACUUGCCAUACAUUUUCUAUUACAAUAUAGCACAUGUUGACUACACAUAUCCCUGAUAUUUUAUACGUGUGGUCACAUAAUGUUGCAUUAUUUACUCAAGUACAUCGUGUCAUGCAACAGAUACUCAAGGGAAAGUUUCUGGAAGUUUAUUUGACUGCAAAAGGCAGUCCCUUAUGAAUAUGUGCUAGAUUGCAGAUUUUUAGCUGUUACCUUAAGCAGCCCAGUAUAAGGUGUCAAUGUAAUCACUGUCGGGUUUUUUCAAGUAUUGUUGGAAGUCUGACAAUUUUCAAUUUUGAGACUGACAGUUUACUUUUUCAUAAUCUUCAUGACUCUAACAAGUUCUUCUUCAGGGUAUUUGAUAAACUGGCAUUUACUUCAGCUGGUAUAGCUGAUGGGUGAACAUACUUUUUUCUUUGAAACUGUGGUGUUAACAUUAACUGUAAUAUAGUUACUCUUGAAUAGUAUGCUUGCUCUGUAACUGUUAUUGAUCAUGUCUCCUAAUCAUGUAUUUGUCAUGUUCUAUAAUGCUGGGGUGGGAUAGUAUUAUGCUGGGGUGGGAUAAUGCAACGUAUGCAAGAUAUGCAGGGUUAUAUUUUUCUAACCAUUUAUGUUACACCCUAUCAUCACAUAAUUUGUAAAUAAUAAUGUUUGUAUGGUAAAAUUUUCUAAUGAAAUCCUCUCACUGGCAAGCUAUUUUCUGUAACUGAUCCACAUCUUACUAAUUUAAUGGAUGUGCAUAAAAGAUGCUGUUGGUGAGAUGUGACUUCACAGUUGAUGUGCCACAAGGCAUAUUGACUAAUGGUUAAGUCCUGUUGUUAUUAUUAAAUUGAUUUACAACAAAAUUGGAGAAUGAAAUUAAUCUAGACCUGCCUUACAUUUAGGUGUCAUAAAUCACAAAUGCUGCCAGUGAGUAGUUAAUUCACAGUCUAUGUGCAAAAGUUGAGGUGAACUUAUUUAGUCAUAUUUUUGAUACAAUCCAUGUUUACAUAAUGUCACCUUGGUUCACACAUGUAGGAUGCAGAGUUUUGUUAAUGUUUGAUGCUGAUCCUGAGCAAAGAAUUUAAGUUCAGCAAUAAUGCAUGUUGGUAUGUUUUAAAGGUUUAGUCUCAAAGGCUGCACUUGCUUUGUAAAAUAAUUGAUAUAAGUAGUUGUGUUUGCCUGAUCCUUAUUUUUAUUUUUCAUGCUUUUUAGAAAUUAUGGGUGCUAAAAUAAGGUUUACAAAUUAUUAGACUCCUAAUUGAGGUUUAUAACUGUUUUAGCACUUUUACUUAUUCUCAGCUGGCCCUGUAAUGAAGCUUGAAGUCAGCAUCAAGUGCUACCGACAAUUUACCUCAGAUCACAUCAUAAGGCUCAUCAUUUUCUUGAAAUGACAGAUGAGGGAGAAAAUACUUACAUGACAGUCUAAUGAGCUGGCAGUGCAGAGUUAUUAGCAUAAACUGUUUUUGUGAUGGCUAAGUGAAUGGUAUUUAUUUCUGCUGGCUUACUAGAAUACUAGAAUAGUUAGGCUGCUCUUUUCCUCAUCCCAUAUGAGCAUUAUCAGAAUCGAUAUUCAUGAAUAGAUUGGUUUAAAAAGUCAAAUACAUCAACAUUUCCACCUUUACAAAAGAUGAUCACACUAACAACAUAGAGACAUAUUUACCACAUCUAUCAGAUUUAAUUUGUUGAUGAUAAGGUAUCACCUUUAUAGUGAAUCAGGACAAUAUUUCUUGUGAGCACUGAAGAAGACGAAAGCUAAUAUUAAAAGAUUCCAUGUGGAUAUACAGUCAAAUCUCCCUACUAUGCCACCCCGCUACUAUGCCACUCUCGGUAUUAUGCCACUUUUGCUCGGUCCCGACUAUAAAUUCAAUGUAAAAAAAAAUUUACUAUGCCACCCCAGACUCU